UCAUAUGACUUCAUUUUUAUGGGUCACAUGUUUCAGUCUGUUUCCUUUAUUGUGUUUGUGCCAUCAUGGCUUUUGAAACGCACUGUUUUUCUCUUUGUAAAGUAUUAGCACUCAGUUUUGCACUGUUCGGCCUUGUUUCUGUGGGAGAAGGUCGGUUCAAGGGCUUCAGGAAGUUUGAUGUGGUGCAGGAUUCCAGCUAUGGAGCUGUGUCUGAGGAGCUGUGGUUCACCCAGAAACUGGAUCACUUCAAUGGUGGAGACAGCAGAGCUUGGAAGCAAAGAUACUUUGUAAAUGAGGCCUUCUACAAGCCUGGAGGUCCAGUGUUUCUGAUGAUCGGUGGAGAGGGCCCGGCAAACCCAGCGUGGAUGAAGGAAGGCACCUGGCUCACCUACGCUCAGAAACUCGGAGCCCUCUGCUUCAUGCUGGAACACCGAUUCUAUGGGAAAAGUCACCCAACAACGGACCUCAGCGCAGACAACUUGCGUUUCCUCAGCAGUCGCCAGGCUCUGGCUGACCUUGCACACUUCCGCACUGUGAUGGGAGAGAACCGGGGUCUGACCAACAGGAAGUGGGUGGCGUUCGGCGGGUCGUAUCCAGGUUCUCUCGCUGCUUGGUUCAGGCUCAAGUACCCUCACCUGGUGCAUGCCUCUGUGGCCACGAGUGCGCCCGUGUUCGCCACUGUAAACUUUCCAGAGUACUUGGAGGUUGUGUGGCGUUCGCUGGCCUCAGAAAAUGCAGAUUGUCCUGUGCUUGUGAAAAAGGCUUCAGAUACCCUCGCAGAACGCCUGAAAGACCCGAAAACCUUUGAAAACAUCACCAAAGAUUUCAAUUUAUGUUCCACCCUGCAGAUCCAGUCACAGAUGGACUCUGCCUACUUCCUGGAAUCGGUGGCUGGCAACUUCAUGGAUGUGGUCCAGUAUAACGAAGACAACAGAGGAUUUGAGGGGGUUUUGGGCACCAACAUAACCAUCAAGGUGCUGUGUGACGUGAUGGGUGACGCCUCACUGGGAGAUCCUUACACCCGCUACGUUGCUGUGGCCCGCCUCAUGAUGGACACGUUCUCUGUGAAAUGCCUGGACGUCAGCUUCAGUAACUACGUCAGAGACAUGACGAAUACGUCCUGGGAUGGGCCGGCCGCAGGAGGAGGGAGACAGUGGGUCUAUCAGACCUGCAGUGAAUUUGGAUUCUACCAGAGCACAGAUUCACCGAACCAGCCAUUCACCGGCUUCCCUCUGGAUUAUCAGGUGAAACAGUGUGCAAGCUUCUACAACAUCAGUGCUGACGAGGUGGCAGAGGCCGUCGCCCAGACCAACGAGUAUUACGGCGGCUACGACAUCCAGUCCAGCAGAAUCGUGUUCCCCAACGGGUCCAUCGACCCGUGGCAUGCUUUGGGAAUCACUGCAGACAUCACAGCUGAGCUCCCUUCUGUCUUCAUUAAAGGAACUGCUCACUGUGCUAACAUGUACCCAGCAAGGAGCCAAGAUCUUCCCCAGCUAUCUGAGGCUCGGGAUCACAUCUUUCUGCUCCUCCAGCAGUGGUUGAAGUAGUGAUUGAAGGCUCCUUCGGCUUUACAAAGCAAACGCAUCGCUUACGAUUUCUGAAAAAUCUAACUUGAUUUCUUACUGUACUGCCAAAUUUUCAGCUGCUUGAAGUCUUGUAAUGCACCUUUGCACAAGUUUGAAUUGGGGAAAGUUCUUGUUUUUAAUGUGUUAAAAUUUGAAAUCAUUUUUUUAAUUAUUAUUGAUAUUAAAUUUUAAUUAUUUUUACCUCUCAGUCCAGUGUAUUGUGUGACACUGUAGAAGAAGUACAUGCUGUUUAGCAGUCUGACAACCCCCUGGUUAGGGACAAAAAAAAAAUGUUUACAAAAAAACCACAUUUUUUCAUGAUAUAGUUUGCUUUUUAAAUAAAAUAUGUGGUAUCACACUUUGUGUUGGUCGUACCAGUAUAACUGAUCAUGCUGUUUUUCCAUCUCAGUAUAAUUCAAACUGCUGAACAUCAUUUUGAAGUAGGAAAUUUCUGUAGAUUUCAAAAUGUGGGUUAUCACAAAGUUGAUCAACAAUAACCAAUGCACACUCAUCCUUUGUUUUCUCAUGUUGCAACAAGAAGAAUGGAGACAGGCAACAUUUUAGAGCUGGGACCUGACUCAGUUUUUGUGUUGACGGGGAAACGUGGCCAACCACCAUGCACCAGUACAUGUCAAAAAAUUUGAAUAUUGUGUAAAAGUGCAAUAUUUCUUGCCAGUCAUCUCAGAAAGUGAAGCAGUAACUUUAUAGAUUCAUUCAGAUAACAUUGAAUAAAAUAUGUCAAGCUUU